AUAAAUAUAUCUGAUACUGAUCAGGCAGAAGCAGCUGAGUGCAAAAAAAAAAAAUGUUCUUUCCAGGCCAGAGGAAUCGAGCACAGAUGACAUCGUACGUGUAAUUAACACGAGGAAGAACUAUGGCGAAUGACAAGGAUCCCCUGAGCCAGCUGAAGGAUCUGGCACAUCUCAAAGAUCAACUUGCAGAUAUUCAAAAAAGAGUAGAGGAUGAAGUGCAGGUUGGGAUACCACAGGGUGGCUCACUGUUAGCCUCUCCAUUUUUAAAGGGCUUCCUGGCUGGCUAUGUGGUGGCCAAACUACGUUCCUCAGCCAUUUUGGGGGUCGCUUUGGGAACCCUAACUGGCAUCUACGCCACACAGACCUAUCCGGUGCCGAACAUUGAGAAGACCAUAAAGGACUAUCUGAACUCUUUGAAGAAAGGUCCUAAUAAUUAACACACAGUGGAAGACAAGGAAUCCUGACAGAGGAAUCACCGUCAAAGAAAAGGGGACUUGUGGUAUAAGUUUAUAUUUAAGUUCCAUUGCUGGCUGGACAAAUUGGGUCUACGGGUUAUAUUGCAUUAAGAAAGAGUUAGUUUUUACUCUGUCUGCUUGUUAGUAAAGAUUUAAUUCUGCUAUCUUUUAUUUUUUCCUAAUAAACCGUUCAGAUUUA